AUGGCUAACAUACUGAAUGGCUGUAGGCAACGUCUAUUGUUGACCAUUUUUUGCACUUUCGUGCUUGGAGUGUUUUUUGGCUAUUUAAUGAACUCUAACUUACGACAUAAAGUAGAUUACACAAAAAUCAAGGUUGGUACAUUCCAUCCUGUCUUGUCAGAAAUACUUACCAGACAUCCUUUGCAACCUCCAUACCCAUAUCCGUAUAAGUUCCUCAUCAAACUUCAAGACAAAUGCUCUGUCCGGAAACCUUUUCUUGUGAUCUUAGUGCCCAGUCGCUGUUAUGACACAGCUUCUAGGAAUAUAAUUCGGGAAACAUGGGGAAAUGAGCUUAAUUAUCACAGUGUAGACGUUGUUACUCUUUUUCUGAUUGGGAUAUCGCCUACUCAAUGUGAGCCUGAAGAGAAUUUGCUGAAGGACGAAAGUGAUUUCUACCGUGACAUCAUCCAGCAAGACUUUCUUGAUACUUAUUACAAUUUGACCUUGAAAACGCUAAUGGGUGUAGAAUGGGUAGCAAAAUUCUGUUCCAUCGCCAGUUACGUGGUGAAAAUAGACACAGAUAUGUUUCUCAACGUCGAAUAUCUCAUCCAUGAGCUAUUACGUCCAGAUUUGCCCGUACGUACCAACUAUUAUACUGGGCAAUUAAUAUCCAAUGUCGGACCUGUAAGGGAAAAAGAUGAUAAGUGGUAUGUUCCUGAAGAAAUUUACCCAAAUAAAAUAUACCCACCAUAUUGUAGUGGCAGUGGAUAUGUUUUCUCAACAGAUCUGGCAAAGAAGAUUUAUGACGUAGCACAAGUUAUUAAAAUCAUACCGAUGGAAGAUGUCUUCAUGGGUAUCGUUUUGAAAGAACUUAAUGUUUCACCGGAGAAAGCUCCAGGGAAUUUGUUUAACAGGUAUGACAAAUACAAUCGAUGCACAUUUCACAAACUUAUUACGGCUCACAUCGACGGAGAGGACCUUCAAGAAAUCUGGAGAAAUUUUUGGACUAAUAAGACUUUGGGGUGUUAA